CUCCCUCCGGCGGCCGGCGCCCUCCUCCCGCGCGCCCCGCGCCCCUUCCCGGCGGCCACGCGCUGCCACCGGCGACCGUGAGCGGGAGCCCGCGCCGCGCCGAGCCGAGCCGACGACGACCCGGCUGACCUAGCACCGCUGGAUCCACAUCCCCUUCCCUACUAGGGCUUGCUCACACGCUCCAUUUGGAUCUGACCAGGCGCGGGAAACAAGUCAAGCAAGCCAGGCACCAUAUCCCAACCACUCCGCCGUUCUUCUGCCGGAGCCUACAUAAAGAGCGGCUGCUCUCCUCUGGCCGUCAUUGUAGAUCUAGCCAGGGUAACACCUCUUUUGUUGACACUUGUUGUACAUGCUGAUUUCGGUGGUCUCCUGUGACCCAGCGGGAGUCGAAGUGCUUGACAGCGAGGAUGCCUGGCCUAGCUUUACCUAAUCAUGAUACAGCGAACAAUGGAUUCAGUUACCCCAGGUCCACAGAACAGACGUGUGAUCAGAAGUCAAGAGCUCAGCUAUCUCCAGAUGAUGAACUUUCCGCUAAGGAAAGUUUAGCAUUAUACUGGAAGCCAGUUGAGCUGUACGAUACUAUUCGACAAAGAGCCAUUGAAAAGCCCCCUUCGCUUCAAAGAUGCCUUCGCUAUAAGAUAGAAGCAAAACGAAGAAAGAGGAUUCAGAUAUCAGUAUCGAUUUCUGGAAGCACAAAUACUCGAUUGCCAGCACAUGGUAUCUUUCCUCUCCAUGUUCUGUUAGCUAGAUCUAGUAAGGAUGCUCCAGGUGAAGGGCAUUCUCCAAUGUAUCGGUUCAGCCGGGCUUGUGUCCUGACUUCCUUCUGUGAAUCUGGAGACAGUGGCCACACUGAAGCCACAUUCACCAUCCCCAAUAUGAAGAAUUUAUCAACCUCCCAAGUUCGCGGCCUUGACAUUAUCCUUAUUAGCCGUGGCCAAGGUGGGCAAAAUCUUAGUGAAAACUGCUCAGAGAACCAUGCGGAGUAUUCUUCUCCUCAAAAGCUUGGAGGCCAAUGUUUCUGGGGUAAAAUACCAAUUGAUUCACUUGGUUCGUCUCUGGAUUGUGUAACUUUAAGUUUGGGGCGUACUGUGGAAUUAACUUCAGAAAUAAGUAUGAACCCUGGUUUCAUAGAGCCAUCACUUCUUGAGCAUGACAGUUGUUUGACAUUUUGUUCUCUAAAGGCAAAUGCUACAGGUUCAUAUAAACUAAAAGCAAGCAUAGAUGUACAAGAGGCUGGUGCAAGAAACAUGCGUUUAUCUCCUUACAAUAUUUACUCAUAUGAUGAUAUCCCACAGUCGUUACUACCAAAAAUCAUAAGGUUACGAACAGGCAAUGUGCUCUUUAACUACAAGUACUACAAAAAUUUGUACAAAAGGGAAGUUACAGAAGACUUUACUUGCUCUUUUUGCUUGGUACCAUGUGGAAGCUUCAAGGGUCUGGAAUGUCAUUUAACCUCGUCACAUGACCUAUUCCGCUUCGAGUUCUGGGUAUCUAAAGAGUACCAAGCUGUUAAUGUUAGUCUGAAGAUUGCUGCCAGGAGAGAAGAGCUUCUGACUGUUGCAGGAAAUGAUCCAGGCAGUAGAGUAUUUUUCUACCGAUCAUCAAGGUUUAAAAGGUGUAAAAUAUCAGAAACGACAACUGAGAAGACGAAGGAUGUAUAUCCACAUAUCACGGAAUUAGGAUCACCUGGAAUGACCAUGCCUGUGGACCAAGAUAUUGUGGAACCAAGAUCACCACGAAAUACAGUUCCUCCACCUGCAGAAAUGACUGAAUCAGGAUCAUCGAAAGAUGCCCAGGACGGGUCUGUGGUGGAUUAUGUCCCAAAGGAAAAUGGGAUCAAUGUACCAGAACGAACAGCUCUACAGUCUGAUAGGGCAAGGAAGCUCCCGGUUGAUCUAGAUGACCCCAGUCUUGCGCUGCUGAAAAAACGCGAGUUCUUCCAUUCUCAGAAGGCACAGAGAAUGGAGCUGGACGUACUUUACUCGGAUCAUGACAGCGAAGACGAACUUGAUCAUGACAUCGCUGACUUCGAAGAUAGGACGCUGCUUGGUGGUUUUUCUGAUGUUGCGAAAGAGGAGAAGCAUAUCAUGCAUAUGUGGAAUUCGUUUAAGCGGAGACAGAGGAUAUUAGCCGAUGGUCAUGUACCUUGGGCUUGCGAGGCGUUCACCCAUCAGCAUGGACAGGAACUUGUGCAGAACCCUAGACUGCGAUGGUGCUGGCGGGUCCUUAUGAUCAAGCUCUGGAACCAUGGCCUGCUGAACGGCCGCACCAUGAACAUCUGCAACAAACAUCUUGAGGUCUUGGAAAGCCAACGCGCCGACCCCAAGCAAUCUUGACUUGGCAGGAAACAUUGGGCAGGUUGAGCAGGGCCAGUCCUCGGUUCCCGCCGACGGUCCAGGCGCCAAUGCUUGUGGCGUGGUGAGGCGACAUGGCACACUUUUGAUUUCUGGCAUCCUCGUCGAGGCUCGCAGAGCUACACCCGAGGGCAUGAUGAUCUCUUACAUUGGGGAUUAAAAAAAUUGGGUUGGCCGAAUCGGCAAAUGUUGUUGUUGUUGUUGUUCUAUUUGGAUUAUUAUUUUCAUUUCUUAUUGAUUUGUUUCAUGCAUUGCUUGAAACACCUAUUAACAUUGGGAACACAAAAAGUUGGGGGGUCUGUUGUAGUUGGGGCGGGUGUACGGAACACCCAAAAGAUUGGUGAUAUCUGUUGUAGCAGGGGGUCAGACCAUAUAGAAAUGUUGUGCAAAUUAAUGGAUACAUUUUGUGUGACUAGGGUUGA